UCCUCCACCUCCGUCCUCGUCCCCUUCCGCUUCCACAGGUCCAAAGAAUAACAAAAAAAAAAUAUAAAAAAAAAAUCCAAUGUUUUCUACUAAAAUCCGAUUUUUCUUCUUCUAAAUUUCUAAUAUUUAGAAUCCAUCAUAAAAAAGAAAAAAAUGCCAUCUUCGCCGUCGUCGCCGGGCCACCGGCGACUCCGAGAGCUGCAGUUGCGGCCGGGCAACGGGCGGUGUGUGGACUGCGGGCGGCGGAACGAGCAGCCGGAGUGGGCGUCGGUGACUUACGGCGUGUUCAUGUGCUCCGGAUGCUCCGGCGUCCACCGCGGCCUCGGUGUCCGCCUCAGCUUCGUCCGCCCCGUCGCCACCGACGCCUCCUGGCCUGGCCCCCACCUCCGCCUCAUGGCCUCCAACCCCGGCGGCAACCGAGCCCUCAAUGCCUUCCUCACCGCCCGCGGCGUCCCGCCCCGCGCCGCCAUCCCCCUCAAGUACUCCUCCCUCGCCGCCGCCCUCUUCCGCUCCCGCCUGCACGCCCUCGCCCACCGUCGCCCCUUCCGCGGCCCCUCCGCCGUCUCCCCCGACCACCCCGCCCCCUCCCCUCCGACGACUGGGACGACGACGACGACGACGAUAUUUACUACCUCCAAGAUUCCCUAUCCUCGAGAUCCAAAUCCACCGCCGGCGCCCGCGGCGGCGUGCUUCGGAGGAAUCAGUCGGUAGGGGAGGAUCUGGAGUCAGACCUUGGGAUCGGAGAUGGCGGCGGCGGCGGCGGGCGGCCGUGCCGGUCAUGGUCCUUGGGGAGUAUACUGGCGGCCACGGUGAACGGGAGUGGGAUCGGUAAAGAUGAGCUUCUAGAGAGGAAGAUGGAAGAGAAUAGGCGGCGGCCGGACGGGUUUGGGUCGACAGGCGGUGGUGAUCUCAUCUCCGGCGCAGUGAUGGCCAUGUCUGAGAGCUUUGUCCAGUUAUCGAUGGUUGCAUCAUCUGCUGUACAAUCUGCAGCUAAUGCAGUUCAGACUGGAACGAAGGAGCUGAGCUCCAAGGUGGCUGAAGGUGGGUAUGAUGAGAAGGUAAAUGAAACUGUCAAUGUGAUAGCUCAGAAGACAACCGAACUUGGGCAAAGGACUUGGGGAAUCAUGAAGGGCAUUAUGACAAUGGCAUCCCAGAAGGUCGAGGAAUAUGCAGGAGAUGGUGCAGGGUGGAAAAUGGAAGGGCUUCAGCCCCGAAGAGAAAUCGAUAGCGAUGGCAGCGCCGGGACUCCUCGGCACAAAUAUAUCAACAGCACCAGCUUCCAUUUGAAUGAAUUGGAUGAUUGGGAUACCGACAGUCCAGUUUCUCCUUCUGGCAGGCAAAAAGAUGGAGGCAAUCCUAAUAGAGCUCACAAAGACAUAGAAUGGGAUGAUUAGGGAUGAUGAAGAUUGCCCAUUUCAAGAUCUCUGAAUAAAAUGCUAGUCUUUGUAAACUAUUGUUAGUAUAUUUUUUUGCAUCCUACUCGUACUCCAUGUAGAAGGCCGGGCAAAUACUGAUCGAGCUUCAUGCUCAAGGUCUGGAUAAAGUGGAGAAUUUUUCAAUUACUCAACUGCAUGGAAUUUGGACAA